AAUAGGGAUAUAUGAAGUUUCUAUGUUAACUUCUGCAGUAGUUAGUCCAACUAAGAAGUUACUACAUUGUAGCAAGUAAAACGUCUGAAAGUAGCUUUACAGAAUUCUAUUUUAAGUGCGUAAGAGGUGUAAUAUAAAAAUGGGACUUUUACGCAAUAUAUUUCGCAAUGAGACACUGAGAAAGUGGGCAUAUAACGCAUCUACUUUUAACCAGUAUGGUUUAAUGAGAGAUGAUUGUCGCCGUCUAAGUCCUGAAGUUGAAGAAGCACUAAGGCGGUUGCCUAAACAUUUAGUUGAAGAACGUAAUUUUCGUAUUAUUAGGGCUCAUCAAUUAGAAUGUAACAAAACGAUUUUACCAAAAGAUGAAUGGACUAAACUGGAAGAGGAUGUAUUAUACCUCACCCCCUACGUAAAUGAAGUAUUAAAAGAGCAAGAAGAAAAAGACUUAUAUGAAGCUCAGUAAAAUAUAUAAUUACUUGUUAGUAAUACUAUUUUAUGUAUAGUGUAUAUUUUAAGAGUAUUAAAUUGUAUAUGUGAUACUCAAAGUACUAAAUGAAAUAUAAUUAUCAUUCAUUUAAA